UAUAAAAAAAGGGCAAAGAAAACGAUUCCUACUCUUCCGACUGCAAGUGGGACAGUUUGAUGCUGUAGGGUUUGAAUUGAAUCGAUUCAUUGAAGCCAGCGAGCUCCGAAGAUUUUCAACAUGAGGAUCGUUCGGAAGGACCUUGCGCCUAAUGGACCUGGAAGCGUCAAGAUGGUAGCAGUUGAUUCAGAUGAUCUAUGGUUUGCUUAUAAUUUGAUAGCUCCCGGAGAUACUCUAAUGGCUGUUACUGUCAGGAAAGUCCUAAGGGAGGCGGCAUCCGGAGGAAGAGAUGCAGAAAGAGUGAAGCUGAAGUUGGAAAUAAAAGUUGAGGCCGUGGAUUACGACAAAGUGGGUUCCAUCUUGCGAGUACGUGGGAAGAAUAUCCUAGAGAAUGAACAUGUCAAGAUAGGGGCAUUCCAUACUUUAGAACUCGAGCUGCAUCGACCUUUUGUUUUAAGAAAGGAUCUUUGGGACUCAUUGGCCUUAGAUGCACUUCAGCAGGCCUCUGAUCCUGCUGCAAGUGCUGAUCUAGCUGUCGUUUUAAUGCAAGAAGGAUUAGCACACAUCUUCCUUGUUGGUAAAAGUAUGACAACUACUAGAUCACGUGUUGAGACUUCAAUUCCUCGCAAGCAUGGACCUGCUAUCGCUGGUUAUGAGUCUGCUUUGAAUAAGUUUUUUGAGAAUGUCUUACAGGCUUUUCUGAAACAUGUUGAUUUCAAUGUCAUACGCUGUGCUGUGAUUGCCAGUCCUGGUUUCACAAAGGAUCAGUUUCACAGUCACUUAUUGCUGGAGGCUGAGAGGAGACAACUGAGACCAAUAAUUGAGAACAAGUCGCGCAUAGUCCUUGUGCAUACUACCUCAGGGUACAAGCAUAGCUUGAGAGAGGUUCUUGAUGCACCAAAUAUCACGAAUAUGAUUAAAGACACUAAAGCGGCACAAGAGAUCCGAGUUCUCAAGGAUUUCUUCAACAUGCUUUCAAAUGAUCCAAAUCGUGCAUGCUAUGGGCCAAAACAUGUGGAAGUUGCUCAUGAGCGAAUGGCUGUCCAAACUUUGCUAAUCACUGAUGACCUCUUCAGGAAUGCUGAUGUAGAAACAAGGAAAAAGUAUGUCAAUUUGGUCAACUCAGUGAAAGAUUCGGGGGGGACGGUUCAUAUAUUUUCGUCUAUGCACGUCUCUGGAGAGCAACUGGCACAAUUAACAGGCAUUGCUGCAAUCCUUCGGUUCCCUCUACCUGACCUAGAAGACAUUGAGAUGUGAUCUUCGUUGGAAGAAAGCAAGAAUCAGUUUAUGGUCGGCAGCUGCGGGCAUGUACACUAUUAUUUUAUGCAGCAACAUUAAUGAUGUAGCAUAUACAGCACAGCACAGAGCAAUUAGAUGGCCCAGACGUGGGUUCUCUGGGUGAUGUAGUAAUAAUAAUAUGAUAGGAUUCACCCAGGCAUUUUCUUAUGUUUACCUUUUCUCUCGCGUCUGCUAGUAAAUGUAUUUAUCCUACGCUUAUUUCUUUAUCUAGGAAGCCUUCUUGUGUCAUUCAAACAUUUUGUAAAGGAAAAUAACCUUCAUUGGAAA